AACUUCCGAUGUCAACAUGGUGGUCUUUUUGAAACUUUCAUAAACAUGCACGUAAAAAAUGCGAAUUACAUAUCUCAGAUAUUCGCGAAGAAUUUGGAGACUGUGAUCUUGUAGUAGAGACUGCCAGCAUCUGGAACAGGAACAGGAGCUGUGUGAGGCAGGAUCUCAAAGGUCAGCCGAGCUGGUGGACAAGGCAGCUGGGUCAGAGAGAAUGGAGAGUCCCGAGUCCUCUUUAGAGCACCUGGACUCUGAGUUUGACAAAGUGCUGGCGGACAUGAAACCGUAUGUCCUCAAACUGCCACACAAAGCAGAUCGCCAGAGGUGUGCCGUGUGGAUCAAGAAGCUGUGUGAGCCACCGGCUGCAGGUGUGACAGGAAGGAAGAACCGGAACAUGUACGGGCAGCUGAUGCUGCACAUGCUCAGAAGAGGCGUGCUGGAGGGACCAUUUGACAAACGACCUUCAGGCGGGUCACUGCCUACCCUACCUCCAUAUAUGUCCAUCUAUUUCGAUGAGCCAAUGACAGGUACAGAUGGACAAGCAAGGGAGGGUGACAAGGUGCCAGACUGGGUGAACGGAGAGCUGCUGGAGUCUGUAGGAUCCUCCAUGGUCCGCCGGUCGCUAGGCAACCCUGCCGCCACCUCCACCUGGCUGUCCGGCAGUUCGACUGCAGCACAUGACGUGCGAGAGAGGUUCAAUGCUGUUUUCUACUCCCCACAGCGUGUGCUAAGACCCUACUCUAGCCUGGGGGUGAGUCUGGACAAGGACCCCAGUCUGUCCCCACCGUGGCGCAGACCCGAGGGAGGGGCAGUCGGAUCCCUGCUGACCAGUGACAUGGACUGGAGUAAGCCCUACAGCUCCACCACAUCUCUGGGCAGCUCUCUUGCUAAAGGUACAACAUUCCAAGACGACAGCAACAUAGGAAGAGGAGGGGCGAGAGAAAUUGAGCUCAGGACCAAGAUGGUGGAGGCCAAGUACCAUGAAGAGAAGCUGAAGCUCCAGCAGAGACAUGAUGCAGCUGUACAGAAGAUCUUGGACAGAAAGAAUGCCGAGAUUGAGGAUGUGAAAAGUCAUUACCGAGGCAAAGCCAAGGACAGCGAGGACACCACAACUAAACUGGAGAGGAAAAUCCAGUCUCUGGUGAAGGAGAUGUCUAUGAUGCGGGACAUGAAAGACAGACAGCUGGCAGACCUCAAGAAGCUGGUGGAUGAUACCAGUGACUCUCGCAAGAAUGAGUAUGACAAAAAGCUCCAUGACACCACAGCCCAUUUCGAGCAGGAGAAGUUUGAGAUGCAGAAGCAGCACACUAGGAACAUCCAGGAGAUCUUAGACGACACCAACGCCCGACUCCAGCGCAUGGAGAAGGAGUAUACCCAACAAAUGUCAUCCAAUACGAACGUGAUCAGGGAGCUGGAGUCCCGAGUGCAGCAGCUGACAUCCGAGGUGGAGCAGCAGCUAAAGACGAGGUCCGGCCUGGAGGAGGAGAAGACAAGUCUACAGGACACAUGUGACCAGCUGACUGCACAGCUCGGGGAUGUGAGAGACAGCUACAACCAGCUGGACCGGGAACACCAGCACCUGCAGGAGAGUCAUGAACACGAGAUGCGCACCCUGAAGCACAAGACUGAGGCCAGCCUGGAGUUUCUCAAGCAAGAGCACACGCUCGCUGCAGCCAAGGCUGCGGAUGCUGUGGGGGAUAUGGAGCAGCAGCUUGAAUCCAUGAGGAGGUCCAUGAAGGAGUCAGACGAACACCGGCAGAAGCAGCUCCGAGAGUUAGAUCAAGCUCGGCAGCAGGAGAAACUGCACUUAGAAAACCUGCAUGAUAAACAGAUCCGCAGCAUGAAGAAAGAACUGGAGCAGCUGGAGCAGGAGUCCCAGAAGAAGAUCAGGACCUCGGAGCACCUGCUACAAGAGAAGGACCUCACGAUCCACAGACUGCAAGAGCAGAACCAGAACCAGGCCCUGUCAGCAGAACGGGCUCUGGAGGAGUUCAAGGCCGAGGUGGAGAAGAACCAGAACCGGGUUUACGAGGAGAUGAAGCAGCAAAUGACCCAGGUGGAGUCGGACCUCAACAAGUCGAAACAUUCCCGGGAGAAGCAGAACAAGGAACUCAGCAAGCAGCUGGAGCAGGAGAGGGUCAAGUUCAACAGGGAGAUAACAGAAAUGAAGAUAUCGUUUGAACAUGAGAGGUCGCAGAUGUUGCAUGACCUUCACCUUCAGAAGGAGUAUAUCUUGUCAGAACAUGAGAAGGCUGUGGAGACACUCAAGGAAGGUCACAGAGUUGAGUUGAGGUCAUUGGAGGCUCGGUACAGGGAGAGGGGCGACAAAGACACAAAGAACUUGACAGAGUUUGAGAGCCAAGUGCGAGAGUUGCGAGAGGAGCUUGUGCAGUCAAACCAGCUCCGGAAGCAGCAGCUGGUGGAACUGGGGCUGCUCCGAGAGGAGGAGAAGCAGAAGAUGCUGAGAGACCAUGAGGCAGAGAUGGGUCGGAUGCGGAGUGACAUGGAACAGCAGCGGCUUGAGCUUCAGAAACUCCACAGCUCUGAGAUGGAGACCAUGCUUGAGAAGACAAAUCAGCGUCUGAAGGACAUUGAGAGGGAGUACGCUGACCGAGGGCAGAAGUCCACAGAGGUGGUGGCUGAUCUUCAGGCGGCAACUAAUCAACUCCGAGAAGAAAUCAAAAGGAUUCGACAGCAGUGUGACCUGCGGAUGACAGAGUUAGCAGCCCAGCACGAGCAGGACAAGAAGGCAAUGAAGAAACAGUACGCCACCAACGUCACUGCUCUGCAAAAGGAAUUGGAUUCACAACGAAAUAAGUGUCGAAAUAUGGAGAGACAGUUGCAGAGGUUGGAGGCAGAUCAAGAAGAAAAGAUAACAAAACUGAAGCUGAGCAACGAGGAGAGGAUGCGGGGUCUGAUGCCAGCAGUUGUCAGACAGGAGCUGGAGGACACCAUCAGGUCUCUGCGGUCUCAGGUCAACUCCUUACAGCAGAGAGCAGCAGUGUUGCAGGACGAACUCGACCUCAAAAUCAAAAAUCCCCUGGGACCUUUCGGAACCCUGACCAGCUCCCCCAUCAUCAAGUCCUCUGUCUGACCUGCAGGACAGCCGUUUUCUAGAACAGCUGAAAGUGCAUAGUGGAGGACAUGGGUUUGAGGGCAAGCCUAAAGGGUACCUACUCACAAACGUCUUCCAGACCUAGCCCAGAUCUGAUUUAUCCUGUACAUGUUUUCCUGAUUGUGCAGUUGUGCAUGUUCUUCAGUGAGGAGUGUACAAAGACCUGCACUUAUAAAAGAUCACUGUGAAAUUUGUGCAUCACUGUGUCCCUCAAACGAAUUUGCUCAGUGUAUCUUCACAGAGCUUCUUGGUCUAGACAAAGACAAAUCUUACACACUGUGCCUGUUACUUUGCUCUGUGGAUUCUGUGACUCGGAAGACCUCCCAGGUACCUAGUUGGGGGGAGGCCUCUGACCUAUUUGCUGCAUCUGUGAUAUUCCUGGCUUGCAACCGUCACCAGAUGGUGCUCAUGUUAUUUUUAUGUACUGUAGUUCUCCAGAUUGUUAGCAUGCUAUUUAUGUGUAUUGUAGUUUUCAAGAGUGUUAGCAUCUUAUUUAUAUGUAUUGUAGUUGUCCAGUUGUCAGCAUGUUUAUCAAACCCUUUCAGUCGACACUAUCAGAAAACUCUAUGUGAAACUGAAAAAAGAGUCUGUCAUCAUACUGGCAGUUAUUCAGUAAUCCAUCAUGAAGCUUGCCAAUAUUCAAUCUGGCCUCUGCUGAUUUUAUUAACAAUGACUAUUGCUCUCCUGUUUCUGUAGCAUCCUAGAUGGCUUGUUCCUGAGUGACAAGCCCAGUUUCAAGUAAUAUAUUUGAAAUUAAAAUCUAGUUAUAAUGCCUCCCACUACCCUUUUUCAAGAAGACAAUUUCAUGGUUGUUUUGUUGCAACCUUAUUUCUGUCUGUAUAACUGUAGUGGUUAUCACUGACACACCCUGCAGAUAGAGGGGUACACUUUGAGAAGUCACUUCAGCUCAAACGUACAACUACAAGUCAUUAUUUACACUGAGAUAUUGAAAGGGUUUUCUUUCAGGUAUCUUUAAGUAAUAUGUAAGGAAGUCAUUUGCUCAAACAAUCAAUCAUGUAGCUGUUAUAUGUAGCACUCCAGUUCAAGGGUGAUAAGUGAUACAGGAGAGUUUGUGUUACAAGAAUACUAUGUGUGGAAUAUGAUCUAGGUUGGUGUUGAACUCAUUUACGCCUUGAAAGAUAUAUUAUAGAGAUUGGUAGUAUUGUCAUUUUAACCAUAGUAUAUCAGCCUUUUCCACCAAAUUUUUCCAUUUCAAAAGACCUACUUUACAGUCAAGGAUGUUGAUUUUUAACCAUAUGACUUUAGAUAUGGUGAGGUCUGUUUUGUUCAGAAAGCCUGCUUGCUACAUACUCUUCGUUCAUGUGGAACUAUGUUAAUCCAGAUGAGUUAACAGGACACUAGAGUUAAGGGGUCCAGUGUACUUUCAGUUAUCCUGCUAUCCUCCAGGACAUGGAUUUAGGUCAGAACAUUCCCCAACUAUUUCUCCCCUUCAUCAUGAGGUCAGGAGAUGAGUGGUGUGAGGGUGACAGAUUCAGGAUACAUUAUGUGUUCCUCAUCUCAAAUGUCUAGAAGUUAACAACUCACAGGGUCAAGCCUGCUAUGGCAGACCCCUUGUGCUUCUUCAGGGUUUUCGGCAUCUGAAGAAACACAGAAUUUACCCAGGAUAAUCAGUGGGUUCUAUUUGCUUUGCUAAGGUCAUGUGUCAUUGUACAUAGGAGAGCAUCUCCCUGUUUAUGUCUGUCUCUUUUGGUGGUGUUACAUUGUUUUUAGGUGGGAGAGAACAGUUCUCCUGCUGUCCUGGUGUUUUCAUUGUUUUUGUAAAAAGGAGAAGAAUAAUUCUUACAUCUCAUGUAUUUCAUUUCGAUGCGGAACUUUUAGUUUUGGAUAAUAGGCUUAAAAAAAAGAAAGAAUUGGGUUCUCAGGCAAUGACUUUUGAAAAAAUAGUGCUGGCAAGUGGUGAUUUUUUUUUUUUUGGUUGUUGAAAAUAGCAUGUAACCAAAUAAACAGUU